CAGUUGUGGCCGAGAGAUGGCGUGGCCGCUGCUGUGUUGUCAUUGAUAGUUGUCAGCUGUUGGCUUCAUGUCCCUGUCGCGGCUGCCUGGUUACCCUUUUACUCAUGUUGACUGAAUUACAAAAUUGUGAUAGACACCCAGAGAGAUGAACAGUGGUCAUGGCCAUCAGUGUGGGAUGCUGACACCUGUGCACACCCGCAGGCUUUCAAAUGGGUGGUGUCAGAUGAAGGGGGGAGAUUGUGUAAACUGUGGGGUGAGCACAUCAGCCCUGCGUAGCGAGGUAGAGGUGCUCAAGAGGCGGCUGUUGGAUCGAGACGUGGCCAUAGUACAGCUGGAGACGCAGAUGGCACAGGAUAGGCCAGAUCAUUUCCCUCAGGGCCAGGUGGCUGUACUCAGGGCACAAUGUGACCAUUGGCAGGACAAAUAUGACAGACUUCUUGAAGCCCACAAAAGACUACAAAAGGUUAAUCAGGGCCUAGAGGACAAACUAUUACGUCUAGUUGACCGCACAGAGAGCGAGAAGUCUAGUUUGGCUGCAGACACAGCUAGCCUCACCACUGCACUAACAACAGCUGCUCAAGCAAUCAAUAGAUUAAAACAAGAAAAUGAUAGAUACAAGAACGACUUGAAUUUAGCCAUUCAACUUCUACAGUGUAAUCCAUCCAAAUAUGCAGCUCACAAGCUGGAUUCCCUUCCAUCAGACCUGCAAAAGAAGGCAAAGUCUCGCCUGGCCAAGGAGCCCAGAGAUACCCCCAAGCCAGAAAUGAAGGUCAUUAAAGUUCCUAUUCCUACCUUCCCCCCAACAGCAAUGGUCUACUCAGUUAAUAAAUAUGCAGAGGAGAAUGAAAAAGAGCAAGAGGUGGACUCUGUUUCAGCUGCCAUCAUGGCUGCUGUGUUGGAAGAGCGGCAACGUGAAAGGGCCAGGCGCCACUGCUCAUCCUGCACCUGCGGCUCGCUCAAAACUGACACGGGUGAGAACAUCCUAGGUGAUAACACUCACUUGGAGGACUUGCAGGAAAUCAAUGGUAAUGGAAAUGGCAGCAUCUUGCCGGAGGAGGGUAGUGAUAGGGAGGACCUUAAAAAGAACAGGCUUACUGGUUUCAAGGUCAGUGUGGUGGAUGUAGGGACUCAGAUGUUUCCUUCAUAUAUAGGGGAAACAGGUAAGGUACAGUCAACCUGUAUAUACUGCCAGUCAUCCAAAAAUGUGUCUCAAGAAAAGUUAUCAACACUUGAACACACAUUAGGGAAAAGCAAGGCAAUGAACCUGAUGCAACACUCAAGAUCCAGAAGUCAACCAGUCAACCAAGUCAACUCUCCAUCUGAGGAAGAAAACUCACCAAGAAGUAUUCAUCCCUCUUCCCCAGACAGUGUAUUGAAGAGCCCGACCUUCAGGACACACUCAAGAAGUGCUUGGGACUGGGCUGCAGAAGGCCAUGACUCAGGGACUCCCUCCACCCCUUCAUCCCUAAUCAGUGCUUCCUUGAGUUAUGAAAGUGAAACGAGCAAUGUCUCUCCACAAGACUCCCCAGGUCGACUCUCCUUGGUUCCUUCAAGAUCACAGCAUGGGAAACCAAUGAAUGUGCAGAGUAGUGACAUCCAUAAAGCCUCAAAGCAAAAUGAUAAUGGGAAUAAUAUCCCACAUAUGUUAAAACAGCAAGGAUUGAAAGAUUUUGAGGCAGCCAUAUCACCUUAUCAUAGUUCUAGUUUAAGUACAACAGCAAAUGUAUCCAAUUCAACAACACAAUCUUCAGAUCCAACAACACAGGCCAACAGUUCAGGCAGUUUUACAUACAUGUCAAGAAGAACAUCUUCUCAGUAUUUGGGCCAUACUCCCUCUCCCAUCCUGACUAACCACUGUAAUUCAGGCAGCAAACCAAACCCCUGCUACACACCUUCCUCUCCUGUCACCUACAAAGUCCCAUUCAAUGCUCGAUCACCACACCAGGAUGUUUUCACACCUCCAAUUCACAGAUCUCCUCCUCACCCUCGAGUUCCAAGGGAAAACACCAUACGCAGAGACUCCUCCACAGAUGUCGUUGCUUCCAGCAUGACAACAGCCUCCAGUACAGAAACUACAUUGUAACUGAUUGAAACUUGUGACAAAUACUUUACAUUUAUUUGGACUUGGACUACAAUAUAUAUUUUGAUAUUCU